AUGCUUCUGCCAUCAGUUUUGGGAGCCAGCGACUGUGAUAGCCAACCUACCGCGUCGGAGCCAUUGUUUCCUCCAGCUCUACCCGGAGGUCUCCUUCCGAUGGACGUCCCCGACAUCGAAGCGCCUGCUACGCGUCGAUCGAGAAAGUCGAAGUCGAAGGCCAAGGCCAAGGAGCCUAAAUGUGAAAUCUGUGAGGGUCCUAUCGUGAUUGAAGAGGGCCGAUGGGAUGUAUGUGUGAAUUGCGCUUACGCGCUCUUGAAUAAACCGGAAGAACUUAAUCCGUUGUUUCGCACGGGAGGACAGACAGUGUUCAAACAUCUUUACCCAGAGGCAAAUGGCUUUCGCAUGGAUCACAUCGACAACGGUUCUGGAGUUUUCCAGGUAUUGCAUGCUACGUACCUACACUACCUCAGUCAAGAACGCGAUCUUCAGACUAAGGUUGGACUAACGCACAAGGAAUUCAAGACCAUUAUCAGGACCAGAGCAUCGCGGCGCGCGUAUAUCAAGUUUGGGAUGAAGCCACCUAUACGGUCCGGGGAGGAAUCCAAGGAAGAGGAAGUGAACGAGGUGUUCGAUGACUACUCGGACUCUUUCGAGGAUGUCUGGGACUCUUGCGACGAUGGUUUUGAUCCUUGGGACGAUGAUGCGGAGGCUGAGUUGUCUGACUCGCCCGCGAUUGGGGAGGCAGGCCCAUCUUCACGACCCGGAAGUUCCAGCAGGAGGAGAAAAUGAGAAUUCAGCAGGUGAAAGAAAUAUUGAGUAUGGCUGUGCAUUUUAUGCUCGUCUUACAUCGUCGUACUGUUAUCAUUAGCUACUUGGAUAGGAUAGCGA